AUGACGACGAGAGGGAGGAAGAGGAAGGUUGGGCAGAGAGAUGUGUGGGAUUUGAUCGCGAAUAACGACGAUGUGAGUUUCAAACAUGUGCUUCCGAGAUUGAAUUCGACGGAUUUGAAAUUCUUGCACCUGGUGAACAAUGAAGCGAGAAAGUUGAUUAAAAGAUCCUCUCGCGAGGAGGAGUUGAAAAAGAAGUUUAAGGUCGAAGAGAUGUCGUCGAUAUCGACGUUGGAAGUUGCGUGGGAGAAUAAACCGUUGUGGGAGAGUUGGUGGGAAGAUCAUAGAUAUUUCUGCAAGCGAGUUGCUAAAACGAAUAAACUCGAGUUGCUCAAGUGGAUACGAGAGGAGAAAAAGUGUGAGUGGAGUGCAGGGACGAUUUAUAGGGCCGCAGAACAAGGUAAUCUGGAAAUGGUAAAGUAUUGCGUUGCAAAUGAGUGUCCUAUCGAUGCGAUUGCGUGUGAAUAUGCUGCCGAAAACGGUCAUCUCGAGAUACUCAAAUACUUACACGAAGAAGCGAAAGCGCCUUGGGAUGAGUAUACUGCCACUUGGGCGGCUGGAAAGGGUCAGCUCCACAUACUCGAAUACCUUGUUGAGCGUAAGUAUGAUGAAUAUGGCAUGUUGGCGUGUGAGCGUGCAGCCGAGUCCGGCCACUUGGACUGUUUGAAGUACUUACACGAAACCGCCAAAGCGCCUUGGGACUAUAAGGCCGUACGACAAGCGCACUUGUACAACCAACCCGAGUGUUUACAAUACCUCCUCGACAACAACUGCCCAUUACCAUUUGGUUGGCGAUACGAAGGAGGAGCGUUACACACGAAUUAG